AAUAAUGACCAGCCUUUAGUAGAAGGGAGCAACUCCAAAGCUUAUGAAAAAACGGACAUGAUUGAAACACCUGAACCACAUGACUCUGAUUCAUCAGUCAGCAGCACAGAUCCCAGGUUUUUCAAUCUAACCAUUAUAAUAACUGGAAACUCUUCAUCAGUCCAGUUUGGACAUGAAAACGUUCUACUGGGAGAAAAACAUCCAAAUAAUGAAAAUGCAGAAAUAUACAGGAUUAUUCCUUUACAGAAGAAGAUAUCAGAACAUCACGUCACUGUGAUCAACAUGAUUGACUUACAUGAGACUGAACAAGUGGAUCAUCUAAUCGAUCAACUUAUGCAUGAGAAUGCAAUUCACGUCUUCAUAUUUGUUGUGCGACUGGGUCAGUUAACAGAUGCUGAUAAGAUGGGUCUUGAAUGGCUUCAGAGAGUGUUUGGCGACAAAGUUCUUCAGUUUGUGAUGAUUCUCUUCACCCAUGCGAGAGAGGAAGAGUGUGACACUAUAAUUGAUGAUCUGAAGAAAAACCCUGUUCUGGAGCAGCUGCUGGAGAAAUGUGGAGGAAGAUAUGAGACCUGCAACAAGAUGAUGAACAACCAAUCAGAGAUGAGAGACCUGAUGAAGAAGAUUGAGCGUAUGUUUAAUGAGAAUAAUCAUCGACGCUAUACUGGGGAGAUGUUCAACACUGCAUUAAUAAAGAGAAAAGAGCUGGAAAACAGUGAACAUAAAAAAAUAGAACCUUCAAUCAAUGAAGAAACAAGGAAGUCAGCCACAAAAACAGAGACAAGAGAGCCACAUGGGUGUAAUCUACACGGUGAUGCAGGAAAACAUGAGAAACAGCUGCAGAUCCUCACUGAAAUGAGCUCAGUCAAUGUGGUUGUUCUACCACGACUUCAGAGGAAUGACAAAAGCACAAAAACAAUCCAAAACCUGUUCAAAAAUAGAAAGACACUAAUUUGUAUUUUUACUGAGGAUGAAUCUGUUCUCACUUUGAUACAGAAAGGAAAAUACAAGAUUGGUCUGAAAGACAGAAAUCAGUCAGAAGUAUCAGAAGAACUCAGAAGAGCUAUAAAUGAUUGUCUCUCAGAAUUAUCUUCCACUUUCAGACUUGAAGAUGUGUCCAAACUCCCAGACAUCAGAGUAGAUGAGGAAGAUGAUGGUGACUGCAGGAGAGGAAGAGAAGCAGCACAGCAGAUGAUGAGUUUACUGAAGAAAAAACAUCUGGGAGAAAUCAAAGAAUUAUUUCUGCCUCAUCAGGGGAAAAUGUGGCAUCAGUGGUGUCAGAUGAACAAAGAACUACAUCAACCUCGAGGAGAUGAGACAGAAAUGGAAAUAAGUAAAAAACACACAGAAAUGAAUAAAAUCCGUGAACAGCAGCAUGGAACUCAAAUAAGUCAGUUUAUGAAGCUCUUUAUUAAAGAAAUGAUCUCAAAUGCUGAAUGUGAAAAGUUGUUUUUCCUUAAAUGGCUCAGAAUCCUCCUGGAUGAACACACAUCAGCUGAUCUUUCUGCUUUACAUCACAGGUAUGAUAACACGUGGUCUACAGUCUUAAAACUGAAAGAGAACAAUGAUAAAUCUGAACAAAUCAAGCUUCAAAAACUCAAAGCAGAACAAACUGAACUUGAGAGAAUAUCUGAGGAACUACAAGCCGCAGCCUUUGGUUUGGAGCACAUCAUGAGGGAGAUUGGUCAGAUCUAUGAAUCAUGUUCAUCUGUUAAUGAGAACAAGGAAGACCUGCACUUCUCUUCUCUCCCAAGUUUUGCAGCAGAGAUGAUGAUCUCUGGAUCUCCACUGGAGCUGAUGGAUGGACUGCACUUCUCUUCUCUCCCGAGUCUUGCAGCAGAGAUGAUGAUCUCUGGAUCUCCACUGGAGCUGAUGGAUGGAGAUGCUGCUCAUGUUCCUCUGGUCUGGAUCUCUGCUGUUCUAGAUCAACUUGUCCAGAAACUGGGAGACCAGAGAGUCUUUGUGCUGUCAGUUUUAGGGAUCCAGAGCUCUGGGAAAUCCACCAUGCUGAACGCCAUGUUGGGACUCCAGUUUGCUGUCAGCGCUGGCAGGUGCACCAGAGGAGCUUUCAUGCAGCUGAUCAAGGUGUCAGAUGAGAUGAAAACACAGAUGAACUUUGACUAUAUUCUGGUUGUUGACACUGAAGGUCUCCGAGCUCUAGAACUGGCUGGAAGAUCAACAAGACAGCAUGACAAUGAGCUGGCCACAUUUGUUGUUGGUCUGGGAAAUCUGACCUUGAUAAACAUCUUUGGAGAAAACCCAUCAGAGAUACAGGAGAUUCUUCAGAUUGUUGUUCAGGCCUUCAUGAGGAUGAAGGAGGUCCGACUGAAUCCCAGCUGUGUGUUUGUGCAUCAGAACGUUUCGGACAUCACAGCUGGAGAGAAAAACAUGGAGGGAAGGAGACGACUGCUGGAGAAACUGGAUGAAAUGACAAAACUCGCUGCUAAAGAUGAAGUCUGUGAUGCAGAAUGUUUCAGUGAUGUCAUUGAAUUUGAUGUUCAGAAAGAUGUGAAGUAUUUCUCUCAGCUCUGGGAGGGCAGCCCACCCAUGGCACCACCAAACCCAAACUACUGUGAGAAUAUUCAAGAACUAAAGAAAACUAUAAUGUCUCAUGCCUCAAAAUCACAUAGAACGAUGCUGACAAAUCUAAAAGAUCGUAUUAAAGAUCUCUGGGAGGCUUUACUGAAUGAACGAUUCGUCUUCAGCUUCAGAAAUUCUCUGGAGAUCUCAGCUUACAGGAAACUGGAGACAAAAUACAGCAAGUGGACCUGGAGUCUUCGCAGUGCCAUGAUGGAGACUGAGAACAAACUAUACAACAAAAUAGAAAAUGAAGCGAUUAAUGAGAUUGAUGAAACUGAUCUUCAAAGAGAACUGACGACGACAAGUGAAGAAGUGAAAAAAUCAAUUUCUGAAUUCUUUGAGAAAGAUAAAGAUAAAGAUAUACUGAUUCAAUGGAAAACAUCAUUUGAAAUCAAGAUCAAAGAUGUUCAGGAAAACAUUGUGAGAGAAACAAAGAGGAAAUUAAAUGAGGUUCUUCAGCAGCGAGACUUGAAGAAAAAGAUUGAUGGUCAGAGGACUAACCAUGAAAACGCUCUCUUUGAAAAGAGCAAAGAACUCGCCUUAAAACUCAAAGACAAAACAAAUGAUGAAGAAACACUGAAGAAAGAGUUUGAUUUGUUUUGGGAACAGAGUGUGAAGAAGAUAAUCAGAGACACUCCUGCAAUCAAAGGCAUUGACAUAAUGAGAGAUGUGAAAUUGAUCCUCAGUGACGUCUAUAGAAGUGUUCCUGCUGAUCACUGGGGGGAGAGCAGGGAUAUUUUCACUGUGUCAAGUUAUUCAGAUUAUGUACAGUUAAAGAAAUCCAGUGGAAUUACAGGAGCUUUUACUAAUGUCUACAGAUCAGCUAAAGAGAAGUUUGGUUAUGCUCUAACUAAAGAGGAUGAAGCUCAAAUAAGAUCAUUUGUCACAGAUGUUGUUCUGGGGACAGACAAAAUGAUUCAGUCAUUUAACAUCUCGAAAAUGGGCUACAACAAAAGCUGCAUUCAACAACUCACAGAAUACAUCAAGGCAAGAAUAACACAACAUGAGAAGGGACCAGUGAAAUAUAAGUUCAAGAAUGAAUUCUUCAUGGAUUUGGUUCUUUCCAUCUGUAAGAAAGAAAACAAGAUGAUCACUGACCAACACAGACUGUUCAGGGAAGCCAAUGAUCCUGACAUAUAUGUGAAGACUGCAGGAGAUCUGACGGCUGAAGUGAGAUCAAACUGUGAAUCACUGAAUGGAAACAGAUCAAAUCUGGAGAAACACAUCCUGAAGACACUGGCAGAAGAGGAGGAUUUUGACAAAUACAUGAACUACAUUCACAAUCCCAGAGAUCACUUCAAGAGUUUCAUCAGAGAUGAAGUCAGGUGGUACAUCAGUGAUCUGUUCAGUCUCAGUGUUUUACCCAGGAUGAAGGAGAACAUUGAACUCCUGCAGCAGAAGAUCAUGAAAGCAGCUCAUGAAUCCACUGAACAUGUUCAAGAGAACAGAGGAGAUGCUGGUUUGUGGUUGAAAAGUUUCACGCAGAAGCUCUCAGAAGAGCUGAUCUUCUCUGAAAAACACCUCAGUGGAGUCAAACAUGAUGAUGUGGAUGAUAUCAACCUCCUAGAAGAUGUGAUAAGAGAUAAACUUCCUAAAAUAAUGUCUGACAUCAACAAUAGAUUCAACAGAAGGUCAUUUCCAGUAAAUCUGGACCUCAAAUUUAGACCAGAUGAGCUUCUGAUUGAUCACUUCUGUCAGUGUUGUUGGGUUCAGUGUCCAUUCUGUGGAGUCAUCUGCACAAACACCAUUGAAAACCAUGAUGAAGAUCACAAUGCUCCUUCCCAUCGUAAUAUUGGACUGAAUGGGUGGUUUUACAGAGGAACAACAAACUUGUCUAUUAGCAUCUGCACAUCAGCAGUAGCAAGUGAUAGGUGUUUUUCUCCCAAUGACUCAGAUAAGUCAGUCCGCUGGAGUAAAUACAGAAGCGCAGGUGGAGUUUAUGCAGACUGGUGUAUCAUGCCUGAUCUCUCUAAAGUGACCUACUGGAGUUGGUUUGUGGGCAGAUUCCAGAAAGAUCUGGAAAAGCAUUAUGAAAAAACAUUCCAGGGUAAUGGCGAGAUUCCAGCUCCAUGGAGAGAGCACACAAAACAAGAUGCAGUUCUGAGUUUGGGUUAGUGCUUUAUUAAUAAUAUAAACUAAUGGAAUAGAUAAGGCAUAACCCCCCUUUUAGACUACUUAUUCACAGAACAAUCUAAAAUAAAAGCAUGCCGUUUCAUUCUACAGUACAUUAUAAAAAAGACUCUAAAGCUGCAUCUGAAAUCGGUCACUUGUUCACACAUUUACUAUUUUCAAUAUGAUGAAUGGAACAUAGUGCACUAUAGAAAGGAUUCAGAUAGUGCAAAUAUGCUUUCCAUGUGGGGCAAACUGAAAGAUCUGAGGAUUCAUAAUAGCAACCUGUGUGUGUUGCAGCUUCAAGAGAG